AUGAAGCAAUUGGAUGUCUAUAUCUCAGCUUCUCAACCCAGCAAGUCUAUCUCUCAGCUUCUCAACUCAACAAUUGAGUCUGAAUUUAACAUGUGGACGAAAACAGAGAUGUACAGAUCAGUCAAGGAUGAAAGGCCCAAACCAGAUGAUGAAGAUGAUGACUUUGAUGAUCCACCUCCUCUCCCCAAGCCAACUGCCAAGAUGGAUGACCACAUCAUGAGUUACCCCAGCAAAGCUGCCAAUAAACUGAACCAAUCAAUGGAAGCCUCAUCAAAGCAACUCAUAGACCACCUGAUUUCUACUGGUCACCAAACCACCAUGACUUGUUUUUUCCAACCUGUCAAUUCUGACUAA